AAAAAGAACCAAAAAGAAUAAAAUUCGAGGUGUUUUUGUUGUUUUUGGAGUGAGAAAUUGGAGCGUUACAUAGAAGCAGAAGAAGAAAAGGAACCUCAUUUAGUGAAGAUUAAAGAGUUAUAUUGUCUGGGUUAUUCUUUGUUUGCUUGUUAAGUAAUUGUCGGAAGAACCCAUUGAUUGAUUUCCAUAAGAAGAAGACGAAGAAGAAGAGACUUAUUUGGUUUUGAGAUAUGGAUACGAAGACGAACGACAAGGAUGUCAUUCGUUUAGAACGGGAAUCUGUUAUUCCUGUUUUAAAACCUAGAAUUAUUAUGACCUUGGCUAACCUCAUAGGGAGGUCAGUUGCUCCCGCCAUGGCCUUAAUGCCUAAUGUGUUAUCUUUGUUGGUAUCCAGAACAUGGGAAUGACAGGGCUGAGUUUCUUAAGCUAUGUAAAAGAGUUGAAUACACUAUUCGAGCUUGGUAUCUUUUACAGUUCGAGGAUCUUAUGCAAUUGUACUCCUUGUUUGAUCCAGUUCAUGGAGCUCAAAAAUUGGAGCAGCAGAACUUGUCUUCUGCAGAGAUUGACGUCCUCGAACAGAAUUUUCUCACCUACUUAUUUGAGGUGAUGAGCAAGAGCAAUUUUAAAGUCACAACUGACGAGGAAAUUGAAAUUGCACACUCUGGGCAGUAUCUUUUAAAUCUUCCUAUCAAAGUAGAUGAAUCGAAGCUGGACAAAAAGCUUUUGAAAAGGUAUUUUGAAGAGCAUCAUCAUGAAAACCUCCCAGAGUUUGCUGAUAAGUAUAUAAUCUUUCGUCGCGGCAUUGGGAUUGAUCGCACAACUGAUUACUUUUUCAUGGAGAAAGUGGAUAUGCUCAUUUCACGCCUAUGGAGAGGUUUGCUCAGAAUAACCAGACUUCAGCGCUUCUUUGUCAGAAAGCCAAGUAUAAAAACCAAGAAAGAACCUAAGGAAACUGAUGAAUUAAUCCCUGAUGGGGACACAGACGAUCUAUUUGUUGAACGGAUUCGAAUUGAAAAUUUGCAAAUCAGCACAAGGAAUAUGCUCAACAAGAUCACAAUACAAGAACCCACCUUUGACAGGAUGAUCGUUGUGUACAGGCAAGCAAGUAGCAAAACGAAAGAAGAACGAGGAAUAUUCAUAAAGCAUUUUAGAAACAUACCCAUGGCUGAUAUGGAGCUCGUUCUGCCAGAGAAGAAAAAUCCGAGUUUAACCCCGAUGGACUGGGUCCAGUUCCUUGUUUCUGCUGUCAUUGGACUGGUUACUCUUGUUGGUACAAUUGAAAGCCCCAAAAAUGAUUUCUGGGUUAUGGUUGCUAUUAUCUCCGCACUAGGUGGCUAUUGUGCAAAGAUAUAUUUCACAUUUCAGGCAAACAUGGCAGCAUAUCAGAAUUUGAUCACAAAAUCGAUGUACAAUAAACAACUGGAUAGUGGGAAGGGAACUCUUCUGCACUUGUGUGAUGACGUGAUUCAACAAGAAGUUAAGGAGGUGAUCCUUGCAUUUUUCAUAUUGAUGGAACAGGGUAAAGCUACUAGAGAAGAUCUUGACCUCAGGUGUGAAGAACUAAUUAAAGAAGAGUUUGGUGAGAACUGCAAUUUUGAUGUCGAUGAUGCAGUACAAAAAUUAGAGAAACUCAGCAUCGUCUCGCGGGAUACUAUUGGAAGAUUCUACUGCGUAGGUCUGAAACGUGCUAAUGAGAUAAUUGGUACCACGACUGAAGAACUGGUGAUGAAGGCAAGACAGGGUGCUAAUAGCGGGGCAUGAGGUUAUCAUUUCAGGUUGUGAUCUUUUUCCAUUCUUUCACGUAUGAAGAGAUGAAUGGUCUUCUAAUCUUCUCUUCUCCUCCUGGGUAUGAUACGAGGAUCUUCUCGUCUCUCCUCCUGGGUGUAUGUAAUGAUGGACCUGCAGGAGCAGAGUUUCACACGCCCAUUUUGUGUUUGCUUGUUCGUUUUUUGUUUCCUUGUAUGUGAUCAUCUGAAAUGCCACAAAAAGGAUUCAUACACUGAUUUUAAUUGAUUCAUUUUUUAUUUUAUUUUUGUGAAAAUGAAUAUUUUAUUUAUUUAUUUUUGAAGGAAAAAGAUUCUAUAAUUA